UUGAAAUCGUAUGCAAAUGUUUCAUUCUAUUCCACGGUUCAAUUGCUUAUCUAUUCAUAUAAAACUGGUAUACUCCAAAGCUUUCGGUAUCUUUUUUUUUUUUUUGAGACAGACUUUCCCUCUGUCGCCCAGGCUGGAGGGCAGUAGCUCUAUCUCGGCUCACUGCAAUCUCUGCUCCUGGGUUCAAGCAAUUCUCCUGUCUUAGUCUCCGAGCAGCUGGGACUACAGGCACACGUCACCACCCCUGGCUAAUUUUUGUAUUUUUAGUAGAGACGGGGUUUCACCAUAUUGGUCAGGCUGGUCUCGAACUCCUGACCUCAGGUGACCCACCCGCUUCGGCCUCCCAAAGUGCUGGGAUUACAGGGGUGAGCCACCGCGUCCGGCCGCUUGAUGAAACCUAUUACAGAAUAGAUAUUUAUACAUAAUAUGUAAAAUGCGCAGCUAAAACGUUUAUCUUACUGCAGUUAGUAGUAAAAACUUUUGAAAGUUACUGUAGGGAAGUGCACUAUCCAGACGUGUAAUCGGGAGGUACUUGGGUACCCCGCCUUCCAAGGAAACCAAUAUAGGAUCCACCUGCUUUAGUGCCCGUGCCAAAAACCGAGCUCACACCACAGCAUCGUGGUUCCUCGCGAUGGCAGCGGCCCGCCUGCCCUCCGGGCGGCACCUGGGCAGGCGUCGCACCUCCCGCCUCUGGGUGGGACGGAAGGAAAGCUCGCGCCUCCUGACGUCAUCACCGCGCGCCGCUAUCUUCGCCUUCUUCCACUUCGCGGGAGAAGUUGUUGGCGCGAAUGGAUCCUGAGCCCCGAUAACGGAUUCCUCAACCGGCCGGCCCGCCAGCCAGCCAGCGCCUUCAUCCUGGGGCUACGAUGGACAUUCGGAAAUUCUUUGGAGUAAUACCAAGUGGAAAGAAACUUGUAACUGAAACAGUAAAGAAGAAUGAGAAAACAAAGUCUGAUGAAGAAACUUUAAAAGCAAAGAAAGGAAUAAAGGAAAUCAAGGUAAAUAGCUCCCGUAAAGAGGAUGACUUCAAACAGAAACAACCAAGCAAGAAAAAGAGGAUCAUCUAUGAUUCAGAUUCAGAGUCAGAGGAGAUGUUGCAGGUAAAAAAUGCCAAAAAGCAACCAGAAAAACCGCCAGUAUCUUCUAAACCUGGUAAAAUUUCACGGCAGGAUCCUGUUACAUACAUUUCAGAAACAGAUGAAGAAGAUGACUUUAUGUGUAAGAAGGCGGCCUCUAAAUCAAAAGAGAAUGGAAGAGCUACAAAUAGUCAUCUUGGAACAUCAAACGUGAAAAAGAAUGAAGAAAACACUAAGACCAAGAAUAAGCCUUUAUCACCAAUAAAACUUACACCCACAUCAGUGCUUGAUUAUUUUGGAACUGGAAGUGUCCAAAGAUCUAAUAAGAAGAUGGUGGCAAGCAAAAGAAAAGAGCUUUCACAAAAUACAAAUGAGUCUGGAUUAAAUGAUGAAGCCAUCGCCAAGCAAUUACAGCUUGAUGAAGAUGCGGAGCUGGAGAGGCAGUUGCAUGAAGAUGAAGAGUUUGCCAGAACAUUAGCCAUGUUGGAUGAAGAACCCAAGACCAAAAAGGCUCGAAAGGACACAGAAGAGGGAGAAACGUUUUCAUCUGUCCAAGCCAAUUUAAGUAAAGCAGAAAAACGUAAAUAUCCUCAUAAAGUAAAAACAGAACAAUUUUCAGAUGAAAGAAAGAGCUACAGUCCUAGGAAGCAAACUAAAUAUGAAAGUUCAAAAGAACCUCAGCAACAUUCCAAGUCAUCAGCUGACAAAAUAGGAGAAGUCUCUUCUUCCAAGGCCAGUUCUAAGCUGGCAAUUAUGAAAAGAAAAGAAGAGAGCACUUAUAAAGAAAUAGAGCCCGUGGCCUCAAAAAGAAAAGAAAAUGCCGUUGAAUUGAAAGGAGAGACAAAAACUCCUAAGAAAACCAAAAGUUCUCCAGCUAAAAAAGAGUCUAUAAGUCCUGAAGAUUCUGAAAAGAAACGCACUAAUUAUCAAGCUUAUCGAAGCUACUUAAAUCGAGAAGGUCCCAAGGCUCUGGGCUCCAAAGAAAUACCAAAGGGAGCUGAAAAUUGCUUGGAAGGCCUUAUAUUUGUAAUCACAGGCGUGCUGGAGUCUAUUGAACGAGAUGAGGCCAAGUCUCUAAUUGAACGUUAUGGGGGAAAAGUAACAGGAAAUGUCAGCAAGAAAACAAAUUACCUUGUCAUGGGUCGUGAUAGUGGACAGUCCAAGAGUGAUAAGGCCGCAGCCUUGGGGACAAAAAUUAUUGAUGAAGAUGGCCUGUUGAAUCUGAUUCGAACUAUGCCAGGCAAGAAAUCCAAGUACGAAAUAGCAGUUGAAACUGAGAUGAAGAGAGAGUCCAAACUGGAGAGAACACCCCAAAAAAAUGUUCAAGGCAAAAGAAAAAUUAGUCCAUCUAAAAAGGAAUCGGAAUCUAAAAAGAGCAAGCCGACUUCCAAAAGGGACAGUUUGGCAAAGACAAUAAAAAAGGAAACAGAUGUGUUUUGGAGAGGCCUGGAUUUCAAGGAGCAGGUGGCCGAGGAAACAAGUGGUGACAGCAAGGCUAGGAAUUUGGCUGAUGACAGCAGUGAAAACAAAGUGGAAAAUUUGCUCUGGGUGGAUAAAUAUAAGCCAACCUCGCUCAAGACCGUAAUUGGACAGCAAGGUGACCAGAGCUGUGCCAACAAACUCCUACGCUGGCUCCGAAACUGGCACAAGAGUUCUUCUGAAGAUAAAAAACACGCAGCAAAGUUUGGUAAAUUUUCCGGCAAAGAUGAUGGCUCUAGUUUUAAAGCAGCGUUGCUGUCAGGCCCUCCUGGUGUUGGCAAAACCACCACAGCUUCCCUGGUGUGUCAGGAAUUGGGAUACAGCUACGUGGAACUGAAUGCAAGUGACACCCGGAGUAAGAGCAGUUUGAAGGCGAUUGUUGCUGAGUCACUGAGCAAUACCAGCAUCAAAGGCUUUUAUUCAAAUGGAGCAGCCUCUUCAGUAAGCACGAAACAUGCUCUCAUCAUGGAUGAAGUAGAUGGCAUGGCAGGCAAUGAGGAUAGGGGAGGAAUUCAGGAAUUAAUUGGCCUGAUAAAACAUACUAAAAUUCCCAUUAUUUGUAUGUGCAAUGAUAGAAAUCAUCCCAAGAUUCGCUCUCUGGUUCAUUAUUGUUUCGAUCUUCGUUUUCAAAGACCUCGGGUUGAACAGAUUAAGGGUGCUAUGAUGUCUAUUGCAUUUAAAGAAGGUUUAAAGAUUCCCCCUCCAGCAAUGAAUGAAAUAAUUUUGGGAGCCAAUCAAGAUAUCAGACAGGUUUUACAUAAUCUGAGUAUGUGGUGUGCACGAAGUAAAGCAUUAACCUAUGACCAGGCCAAAGCUGAUUCUCACAGAGCCAAAAAGGAUAUCAAAAUGGGCCCAUUUGAUGUUGCCCGGAAGGUGUUUGCAGCUGGAGAGGAGACUGCUCACAUGUCACUUAUGGACAAGUCAGAUCUCUUUUUUCAUGAUUAUUCAAUAGCACCCCUCUUUGUCCAGGAAAAUUACAUACAUGUGAAGCCUGUAGCAGCAGGGGGCGACAUGAAAAAGCACUUGAUGCUUUUAAGCAGAGCAGCAGACAGCAUAUGUGAUGGUGACUUAGUGGACAGCCAGAUCCGGAGUAAGCAAAACUGGAGUCUUCUGCCUACGCAGGCCAUUUAUGCCAGUGUUCUUCCUGGAGAGUUGAUGAGAGGGUUCAUGACCCAGUUUCCCACCUUCCCGAGCUGGCUGGGGAAGCACUCGUCUACAGGCAAACACGAUCGUAUUGUUCAGGACCUGGCCUUGCAUAUGAGUCUCAGAACUUACUCCAGCAAAAGGACUGUAAACAUGGAUUAUCUGUCACAUCUAAGGGAUGCACUUGUACAGCCCUUGACCUCACAAGGAGUCGACGGGGUACAGGAUGUUGUUGCACUUAUGGACACAUAUUAUUUGAUGAAAGAAGACUUUGAGAAUAUCAUGGAAAUUAGCAGCUGGGGUGGCAAACCUAGUCCCUUUUCAAAGCUGGAUCCCAAGGUGAAAGCAGCCUUCACAAGAGCUUACAAUAAGGAAGCCCACCUUACUCCAUAUUCACUUCAAGCUAUAAAGGCAUCUAGACACAGCACAAGCCCAUCCCUGGAUUCGGAAUACAAUGAAGAGUUAAAUGAAGAUGACUCUCAAUCUGAUGAGAAAGACCAAGAUGCUAUAGAAACUGAUGCCAUGAUCAAGAAAAAGACAAAACCUUCAAAGCCUUCAAAACCAGAAAAAGAUAAGGAGCCCAGAAAAGGAAAAGGAAAAAGUUCGAAGAAAUGAAACCAUUUUUCACUAGCGACAGCCACUUUUUACUCUCCCUCCUGACCAGUCCAGCUGGUCUAGAGAAAGCCUUGUUUUUUCCCAGAGCAACCAUGUUUUAGCAUAAUGGGAUGACCUGGUGUCCCAUUAUAAAUAAAGGGUGGUAUGGCUAGAAGGGUAUGAGCAGUAGGCUUAUGUACACCUCUUAUAGAGGUUGAUAGGACUGCUUGGGUCCUCCACUGUCCCUUGUCAAUCUAGUUAGAUGUGCUUUUGAAUGACUGUAGAAUUGGAACUAGAAACUACGCCUGGGCCUUGGAGUCAGAUUUUAGUUAAUGAUAUUGAGCCUGGGAGCAGUAGUACUAAGGCGUCUUUUGUAGGCUUAAGAAUUUAUCCCAAUGGCCUUUAUAGGACCAAUGCUGAUUUUUUUUAAAGGUAGUUCCUAUUAUGUGGUGAAAUUUUGUAAAUAAAUGAUUAUACAAAACAGUCAUCACCUAGAACUGGGUAUUCUUUGUACAUUGUCAGAUAUCUUUCAAAGUAUAAAUUAGGAAUAAAAAUGUUCCACAUGAUACAUGUAUAAAUUCUUUUUAAGAUUGUCAUCUUGUACAGCAAAAUAUUAUGUUGGUAUAUUACUUAUUAAUUUGCAAAUGAUUGGAUUAAAAAGCUCACUGUAUUCCUUACUCACCUGUUGUGUGAAACAUAACAUUGGCAGUCGAGGAGUCAGAACUUGGGAUUCCCAGCCUCACUCCUUCUGUGUGUGCUGACCACAUCUCUGCUGUGAAUAGGAUUUCAAGGAGAGGUCUGUUAUGGGACUUUGCAGUGUGGGGGGCUGCAGAAGAUUCUCAGACAUUCUUAUCCUUCUGGAGUCUCAACCCAUCAGGUUCAAACCAGUAGGAACCAGGCUGGGUCAGGCUCUUCAGUUCACUAGGUUGGGGGACAAAAUGAACAUUGGCUUUCGUUCACUUUGCCCCUGGGAGGUCUAGUCCCGUCCUGUGAUGGCUUCCACAAACCCUGUUGGAAGUUUGGGUUAUUCCUAUAACUGAAUAUAUUGAGUGGCCCUGAGGCUGUGGACCUAGCCUAGAAUUUAGAUGUCUAGCUAUUUUUUAAUCUUGUUGGUAAAUGCUCAGAGGUCUGUGCUACCUCUGUGAGGUAUAUACUAAAAUGAAUGUAAAAUAAGGAUCGUAUUCCAUGCUUUAAGGAACUGGUAGUCUUGUUUGGGUGAUGAGACAAAGUUCUUGAGACAUUUAAACUGUAUUUACCAGUGUGAAAAAUGUCCUUUUUGGAGAUUAAUUCAUUAUGGAAAUAAAACAUUGCCUAAGCCCUUG